AUAUAAUGUAAACCAGUAAUAAGUAUUUAUAUUUUUUUGUUAAGUGAUGUUGGUAAAAAGUAACUUUGCAAAUGUAUAUUUGAAUUUGCAUUCCUAAAUAUUGCAUAUGCAAAAACCCAACAUCUGAAUGUAAAAAUUUGGCUCUUUAUAAACAUGUGUACACUUUAAGGUAAAUGACUGCUGCCCCUGAACUAAAUAUUCGUACAUAAAUGUGGUACUACUACACUUCUUACUCUUUCGAUACAACCAACUAACACGAAACAAUCAGAUAUGGCCAAUGACGGAUACGUUAACAGCGCGUAUGUACCUACAAAUGCAACAAAUACCGCAAAUACAUCCAUACCGGGAGAGUAUCGUUCGAGUAUCACAUUCGAACCGAGUAGAAACGACUACAUUGGCCGAAUUGUAAGCCAAACAUCAAUUGAUAAUAUUACACCAAGGUCACAGAAACCAGGAGAGUUACCCAAACUACCCCAUAAUGCCGUCGUCGAAGAUGCUACCAAACGGCGAGAUACUUGGGCCAAUGAUGUUGAGUUUCUCAUGUCCUGCAUUGCCCUCUCUGUGGGCUUGGGAAAUGUCUGGCGUUUUCCCUUUACUGCACUCGAAAAUGGUGGUGGCGCAUUCCUAAUUCCCUACAUCAUAGUUUUAUUUCUGGUAGGUAAACCUGUUUACUACAUGGAAAUGUUGUUGGGGCAGUUGUCCAGUCGUGGCAGUAUCAAGGUAUUUGAUUUUUCGCCCAUUAUGAGAGGCGUCGGUUAUGGUCAAGUAUUCGCCACCGCUAUUGUAUCCACAUAUUAUGCCACAUUAAUGGCCAUAACACUUCGUUAUUUGAUUGAGUCGUGCUAUUCGACACUGCCAUGGAGUUAUUGUCGGGAGGAAUGGGGUGACGCUUGCAUCAAUUCGAAAGUAAACAAAUCAAAUAUUUUCACAAAUGAGACCACAGUUAAAACUGCAUCAGCGGAGUUUUAUUUUACAAAAGUAAUUCUUCGUGAAAAAAAUUCCAUUGAUGAUGGUAUUGGAUAUCCUAGUUGGUCCUUGGCACUAACGUUAGCCGUUUCAUGGGUGGUGAUAACAGCUAUACUCAUAAAAGGCAUCAAAAGUUCUGGUAAAGCUUCCUACGUUUUGGCACUUUUUCCCUAUGUGGUGUUGUUUAUACUUCUCAUAAGAUCAUUGACACUGCCCGGGGCAUUUAAUGGUGUACUUUACUUUUUAAAGCCGCAAUGGAAUAAACUUCUAAAUCCACAGGUAUGGUAUGCUGCCAUUACACAAGUUUUCUUCUCGCUUGCCAUUUGCUUUGGAAAUAUCAUAAUGUAUGCUUCCUACAACAGAUUCCGACACAAUAUAAAAAGGGAUUGCACGAUAGUGACGACUUUAGACACAUUCACCUCUCUGUUUUCUGGCAUCAUAAUAUUUGGCAUUCUAGGCAAUUUGGCGCACGAAUCAAAUACCACUGAUAUACAAAAUGUUGUUAAAAGCAACACGGGACUCGCGUUCAUCUCAUAUCCAGACGCUAUAUCUAAGUUUGAAUUCCUACCUCAGCUAUUCUCCGUGCUCUUCUUCUUGAUGCUCUUUGUGCUGGGUAUUGGAAGCAAUGUGGGCAUGGCUUCAUGCGUGAUGACUGUACUGAAGGAUAAGUUCACCAACACUAAAAACUGGGUGAUUGCAGUAAGCAUAGCUAUUGUUUGCUAUGUAAUCGGUUUGAUCUACGUUACGCCCGGUGGACAAUAUAUACUGAAUUUUAUGGACUUCUUCGGCGCGUCUUUCAUUGCUCUUGUUUUGGCGAUUUUCGAAUUGAUUGCUGUUGGUUGGAUAUACGGAGUCAAAAACCUUUGCCAAGACGUUUAUUUUAUGUUGGGUAUAAAGACUUCCAUUUAUUAUCGCAUUUGCUGGGGUGUUGUAACUCCCGUCUUCAUGACGGCCGUCCUUAUUUACACAUUGUGGAACUACACUCCCUUACAAUAUAACGGUUACACGUAUCAAACGGGAUUAUAUGUUUUAGGUUGGUGUAUUUCCGGCUUUGGUAUAGGUCAACUGCUCAUUUGGGGUGUGGGCGCUGUUUGGAAUUGCUCCGAUGGUACUAUAUGUGAACGGAUAAAGAAAAGCUUUAAACCCCAAAAAAACUGGGGACCACUAGAUCCCGCUACUUUGAAGGAAUAUCAACUUUUCAAAACCGAAGAACGCACAAAUGAAAUGUUCAAAAAAACGAGACUUUGUCAUAAAAUAUACGACAACAUAUUUGGUUAGAACUUUUGGGCACAAUAUAUUUGUACAUACAUACAUAUGUGUAUAUUUAUAGAUUUAUGCUUGUAUAUGUAUAUGCAUAUUUAUUAUUGUACGAACCUUAGUACUUAUGCAUUUUUUAUAUUUUAAUCUAAAAAUUUAGACAUUUCAUUUAAACUCGGUUUUAUUCCUGGGGCACUAGUUACGUUUAUACAUAUGUACAUAUAUUUGGGAGGUAUUUGACCAUAAAACAGUAUAUAUUUUAGGAACAAAUAAUAAUGUUAUCAAUUAAGACGGAAAAUCAA